GCUGCCAUUGCUAGUAUCUCCAACUGCAGCGCACAACACAACACUAGGAUCCAAAGCUAGCUAGCUAGCUAGAGAAACACUACUCUACAGUCCUCUGCCUCUGCCUUCGGCUCUGAACUCCAGCCUCUGCUUGACCGUAGUAGUACGUGCACAAAGCAAUGGAGCACAAGGGGCAGCUUCAGCCGGAGAAGAAGAGUGCCCAAGAAGAAGAAGAAGAAGCCAUGGCGAUGGCGGCCUCGUCUCCUUCCUUCUUCUUUGCGCACCCCUUGUCUCUACUGCACGGCUGCACCACGCCACCCGCAGCUUCGCCGGGUACAUGGGCCUCUCUCGCCUGUGCCACGCCCUCAAGGAUCUCAAGCCUCGCGCCGCCACUUCACCUCUCGCAGCCACUUGUUCCCAGCUGCAUGAUCAAGAGCACGGAGCAGGAGGCGCUGGACAUGCUGCAGAUGAUGAUUGCGCGGCCGUCCAAGUGCGGUCGAGAGGGGUGCCUCAGAGGCCUCGUGGUCCAAGAGAAGGACGAGGAGGAACACACCACUAGGCUUAGGCUUAGCUUAGUCUGCAAUUGUAGGCUACAACAUUCUGCGUGUGUUCUUUCUGGAACUCUGAAUUUAGAGUCUUAGAGUGAGUGCUUCCAUCUCAUCCAGUUUUGUUCCAAAGACAAGUUUAAAUUCCAGGCCGGCCAUGUUGUUUGCGUUCCGGGUCGCAUUGAGAAAAAUUGUAUGUAU